GGGCGAGGCAGCAACUCCCAGAGAACACAUACUUACAUACAUGCACACUGCAUACAAUCCACAUACAUCCUACAUACGCACACACAGACACGUCAGAGUGAAUUGAUCACGCUCGCCCUCACACCCUCACUGCCCUGCCCUGCCCUGCCCAGCCACUCUCACUGCCACUGCCUGCCCACUCGCGCCAUCCGCCCUCUGUCAUCUGGCGCGCCCGUGGCCUUCAUCCAAGACCCACGCCCAACACCACCACCUGUGCCGUCCAUCACACGCGCCCUGCCCCCUCGACUCAUCCGCGAAGCGACGCGAUCCGGCCCAUGAAAGCGCCGCCUUGAGCCCAGCAUGGCUUCCAUAAUGGGCUGGUGGGCCGUCGGCCAGCUCCUCAAGCGAGACACGACCGACGCAGACCCGGACGACGAACCCGAAGCCGGCCAAAAGGAAAUCUUCACAUCGUGGGCCUUGUCCAUCCUCAUUGUCCUACUCAUCAUCGCCCUCUUUACCAGCUACAUCCUGCAUACGCGCAAAAUACAAGCCGUCCAUGAAACUGUCCUGUCCAUCUUUGCUGGAAUGGUCGUUGGUCUCAUCCUCCGCCUGACAGCAGUAGCAUCCGUGCGGGAUGCCGUCAGUUUUGACUACCAAAUGUUCUUCAACCUGCUGCUGCCUCCCAUCAUCCUGUCGGCCGGCUAUGAACUGCACCAAGGCAACUUCUUUCGUCAUAUCGGCACUAUCCUUACCUUUGCCUUUGCCGGAACCUUCAUCUCUGCUCUAGUCCUCGGCCUCAUUCUGUUCCUCUGGACCAGGAUCCCUCUCGAUGGCUUCAAGAUCAACUUUGUCGAGGCCAUGUCCGUGGGCGCCACCCUUUCGGCUACGGACCCCGUGACCAUUCUCGCCAUCUUUGAUACUUACAAAGUAGAGCCCAAGCUGUACACACUCAUUUUUGGCGAGUCCAUCUUGAAUGAUGCCGUUGCUAUCGUCUUGUUUGAAACCGCACAAAAGUACAAGGAUGGCGCAGAGUCGCUGGGUAUCCUUAGCCUUUUCGAGGCCUUUGGCAUCUUCUUUGGCGUCUUCUUCGGUAGUCUGUUUAUUGGUGUCACGGUCGGCAUUGCCGUCUCUCUGAUGCUCAAGUUCACCUAUGUCAGGCGUUUCCCCAAGACUGAGAGUUGUCUGAUUAUCCUCACUGCAUACUUGACAUAUUUCAUGUCCAACGCCAUCCACAUGUCGGGUAUUGUCUCGCUACUAUUCUGCGGUAUAUGCAUGAAGCACUACGCUUACCACAACAUGUCGAGGCGAACACAGCUUACUACCAAAUUUGUCUUCCAAGUUACGUCACAGAUUUCGGAGAACUUCAUCUUCAUCUACCUGGGACUCUCGCUCUUUACAGAUGACAAGCUUGACUACAAACCCCUGUUUAUUCUCAUUACCGUUGCCGGCAUCUGCGCGGCUCGAUGGUGUGCCGUGUUUCCGCUUUCUAGAAUCAUCAACUCCGUGACCCGGUACCGCCAGCGCAGGCGUGGAGAAGAGCUUGUGGAAGAGAUUCCCUGGUCUCACCAAGCCAUGAUUUACUGGGCAGGUCUGCGUGGUGCCGUCGGUGUUGCGCUCGCUGCAGGCCUGACAGGUAACAACGGCGAUACUCUACGAGCAACUGUCCUUGUCGUCGUCGUCUUGACUGUCAUCAUCUUUGGCGGCACCACCGCGCGCAUGUUGGAAAUCCUCGGGAUUCGCACCGGUGUCGUUGAAGAAAUCGACAGCGACGACGAAUUCGACAUUGAGGUCGUCAACGGCGGCACAUAUAGCCGCAAGCAAGGCCAAGGCUAUGGUCACACCCCACGCCCCAGCCAGGGCGCCUUCACCCUCAACAACGUCAACAGCCAAGAAGGUUCCUAUUCCAGCGGCUCCCGCAGCCGCAGCAGUCCCCGAACCCGUCCAAACGGCGCUACCCGGCGCAACUCCAGCCACGUCCGCGCCCGCGAUGGCGCAGACCAGGGUCUCCUCAGCCCCGGAGACAGCGCCUCAAACGACGAAGACGACAUUGAUCUCGACUUACCCCCGAGCGCCCGCCGCUCCCCCAACCGCUCAUCAUCCCCACUUGCAGGUGCUUCUCAGACAGUAUCACCGUACCCGACUUCCGGUCAUAGACCACCAGAAGGUCCCGGUAGAGUUGCUACUGCUACUGGUGCGGUAAAGCAGCUUAUCAGUGAAAUUAGCCAUGAUCCUGCAAACGCCUUUAAGCAGAUUGAUGAUGGCUUCUUGAAACCGCAUUUGUUGCUUGAUCCAAAGGGUCCCGGUGGGCCGAGUAACGUUUGAUUUUUCAUUAUUUCUUUGGAGGUCUAUCUCAGUUAAGGGAAAAGAAUAGGCACUAUGUGCCUUUGUCUAGGGCAUUUGUGGCGUCUUGUCUUUUAUUUGGAAUUGGAAAUGGAGUUGGAAAUGAGAUAUUAUUCAUCACCAUGUCUCAAUGGUCCAAGUGAGAUGAAUGAUCUGUGCUGUAUUUUAGUCUUGUACAACAUUGCUCGUUGCCUUGUCCAUCUAUGUUGCC